AUGCUUCGAUCGCUGGGACCCGAACUGCCCAAAGAGAGACGAUCUAUCUCCUCCUACUCGAGAUCUCCCUCCCAUGACAUGGUGGACCUACUGCCUCUGCCUGAACCUUUCCUUGGCGAGAUCUCUACAUCACGCGAGCCUCGUCAGGCUGCUGUGUUUGACGAGAUCUCCUUAGCAGCGACCCCACGAUCGGCAGAGAUCCCGUGCCUAGGUGCCUUUCAAAGCGGCGUUGAGCUCGGUCAUCCUUUCCACAAUUAUUGGACCAAAGACGGUGGCCUCGCUGAAGUGGUUUCGAUAUUACCGGAUCGGCCGCGAGCCCUGCAACUGGUCGCCAGCUACUUCGAUUCCGUCGAUCCCCUUUAUCCAAUGCUAUCGCGAGGCCACAUCAUUGCAGAAGUCGAGCAUUUCCAGCAUUUGUCGUUUGAGGAGAAGCAUAGCUACAACGCAGCCAAGCUAGCACUGCACUUUAUCAUUUAUGCCGCAGGUGCAUUCUUCAUUCCAGAAGUUGAGCCGGAGGAGCGGGCCAGCCUGUCAGAUCUUUACCUUUCAGCGAGUCAUCAGUGCCUGUGUCUAUGCUCGUAUCUGAGCCAGUUCUCGUUGGAAACGGCACAAGUCAUACUCUUGAUUGGCUACUUGCUCAUCAAUACGAAUCGUGUCUCGGAGGCCUGGACCUUCUCUGGGAUUCUGGUACGCCAGGCAUACGCUCUUCGUCUCCAUCGUAAUUCCACUUCACAUCGGGACAGCAUUCUCCGGCGAAGACUUUGGCAGGCUGUGGUUGUUCAAGAUGUCAGUAUCGCGUACCAUCUUGACUUACCUCCAUCAGUGAUACACUGCAUCGACAUGCGUGCCCAGAUUGACGAGCUCGGUCAUCAUUCUGAUCAUGACUUGGAUUACGAGUCUGCGAUGUGGCAGUGGGCAACAUUCGUCAAAGAGCACAUUUGCAACCCUCGAGCCACGGAGGGUCCCAUCGCCAGCAGCUCCUACCACAAGGAGACCAUAAUAUCUCAAUACCGUGAGAUGUACGAGAGUUGGAGGCCGCCAUUCAACUCUCAGAGCCCGAAGCGUUUCGAGUUUGGCGAUUUACGGCUGGCGCGACAACUGAUCACCGUCUCCAGUAGCUUCUUUGGGGUGUUGACGGUACUCUAUCUGGAUCAAAAUCUCGAGGCUGGCGUUCUUCUGGACAUCCAUGGCGCUAUCGAUGCGACGCACGAAGCAAUGUCUUCGUUCUUCGCACUUCUGCGAUUGUUUCCCGAUCAAAUGGACAUGUGGGCCAGUUACCAUACCAGGGCGUAUGCUCAAGCUAUGAGAAUUGCUCGAAUACUCGUAUCAGAGACACAGCACCUCGGUCAGACGAGUCGCGAUCCACGGCUCAUGAUAGGGAAGAGCGAUCUGGACCGCUAUCUUGACAUCCUCUUAUCGUCACGGGGGUCCCACAAGCAUCAACACGUACAGCAUACGAGAUUUAAAGCGUUGAGAGAAGUUGUUGAUAUGAUAGGUGUGGCAUGA